ACCGCCGGGAGCUGUGGGAGAAUAACCUGAAGAUGAUUACCGUGCACAACCUGGAGGCCUCAAUGGGACUUCACACCUAUGAACUGGGCAUGAAUCACAUGGGAGACCUGACAGAAGAAGAGAUCCGGCAGUUUUUUGCGAGUCUCACUCCUCCCACUGACAUCCAGAGGGCGCCAUCUCCCUUUGCAGGGGCAUCAGGUUCUGGCAUGCCAGACACUGUGGACUGGAGAGAGAAGGGUUAUGUCACCAGUGUCAAGAUGCAGGGUGCUUGUGGAUCUUGCUGGGCCUUCAGUGUUGCAGGGGCCCUGGAAGGUCAGUUAGCCAAGACAACAGGAAAGCUGGUGGAUCUCAGUCCCCAAAACCUGGUGGAUUGUUCUGGCAAAUAUGGUAACGAAGGCUGCAACGGAGGCUACAUAGACCGAGCUUUCCAAUAUGUCAUCGACAACCACGGAAUUGACUCUGAUGCUUCAUACCCAUAUACAGGACAUGAUGAUCAGUGCCACUACAACCCAGCAACCCGUGCUGCCAACUGCUCCAGUUACCAGUGUCUGCCUGAAGGGGACGAGAACGCUCUGAAGCAGAGUCUUGCUACCAUUGGACCCAUUUCAGUGCUAAUCGAUGCUAGGCGGCCCACGUUUAUUUUAUAUAGGAGUGGAGUGUAUAAUGACCCAUCAUGCUCUCAGAAUGUGAAUCACGCUGUGUUAGCUGUGGGCUACGGCACUCUGAAUGGACAAGACUACUGGCUCGUAAAGAACAGCUGGGGAACUUCCUUCGGAGAUCAGGGAUACAUCCGGAUGGCACGCAACCAGAAUGAUCAGUGUGGCAUUGCUCGGGAUGCCUGCUACCCCGUCAUGUAACUGCAGAGGGAACUGAAAUGAAUCUCUUGCAAAGUGAAUAUAAAUGAAUAUAUCAUUUAUGACUUUUUUUUAUUAAGUCUUCAAAAACUACAGCUUCAAACUAACACUUUUUGGUGCUUCUCUUGAAAAAUUAUAUCUUGAGGAGGAAUCAUUAUCACUGACUUUCUUUGGCGUGCGACAUUGUCGAAAUGCUAAUGUGUGUAUCUCUGUGUGUGAGUACACACAUUUUUGGUAUACCCGAACAGACAUCUGUUCAAAGUUACAAGGUUUAAUUAAAAAUAUUUCUAUAUCUGUGGUAAAAAGUUGUGAAUUUGCUGGAUGUUUAGCGCUGGACUAGUGUAUAUUUUAUGACAUGAGUGAGAUUAAGAUUGAAUUCACAACACAACAUGUACUGCUGCUUUGUUGUUGAUGUUGACACUUAUAUUAUGUAAUCAGACUCAAUGUAAAAAUAAAACAUUUUCCAAAAAUCUGGUUCCUUAUUCACAAAAUAAUGAACACGGAAUUAUAAUAUUUAAAUUUAAGGGUGUCAUGGUGCUGUGUCUGUUACUGAGUGUUUAUGUCUUUGGACUUUUGGCCUUGUUUUCUUACGAUGGUAGUGAUUUAUGUUUCUUAGCCCUUUUCUGGUAUUACUUAGUUUCCUGGUUUAAUCAUUUAGAUUUCUGGUUCUUAAUUACUUUUAGUUAGUUCUGUUUCAUUCCCUCUCGUUUGCCUUUGUCCCUCGUCAGAUCCUCGUCAUGUUUAUCAUCCGUCCUGUUUCAAGUCUCAGGUUUUCUUGUUCCAGGUACCUUGUGUUUAGUUGUUUUUCACAGUUUAGUUUUUGUUGAUUUAAUCUUAGUCUCCCUUUUGCUUUGGUUGUAUUUUGUGCAGUCAAAAAUAAAAAGCUCACUUUCA